CACAGCCCAGACCUCUCCUCCUUCCGCCUCCGCCCGCCUCCUUCCUCCCGGGCAGUCAGAGCUCUGUUUGCCGGUUCCACAAAAUGAGCAGCCGCGGCGGAUUUUACCGGCAGGAGCUGAACAAGACGGUGUGGGAGGUGCCGGAGCGGUACCAGCAUCUCACCCCGGUGGGCUCCGGGGCCUACGGCUCUGUCUGUUCCGCAUAUGACACAAAGACGAGACAAAAGGUGGCAGUAAAGAAGCUUUCCAGACCCUUUCAGUCCCUUGUUCAUGCACGACGGACCUACAGAGAGCUGCGUUUGCUCAAGCACAUGAAACAUGAAAACGUCAUAGGACUACUGGAUGUCUUUACGCCAUCUACUUCAGUUGAAACUUUUAAUGAAGUGUAUCUAGUAACAAAUCUAAUGGGAGCAGACCUAAAUAACAUUGUGAAGUGCCAGAAGUUGACAGAUGAUCACAUCCAAUUCCUUAUAUAUCAGUUACUUCGGGGACUCAAGUACAUCCACUCGGCAGGAAUUAUCCACAGGGACUUGAAACCCAGCAAUUUAGCUGUAAAUGAAGAUUGUGAAUUAAGAAUUUUAGAUUUUGGGCUGGCAAGACAGACAGAUGAUGAAAUGACUGGAUAUGUAGCAACCAGAUGGUAUCGAGCGCCAGAGAUAAUGUUAAAUUGGAUGCACUACAACCAAACAGUUGACAUUUGGUCAGUUGGAUGCAUUAUGGCAGAGCUGUUGAAAGGCAAAGCUCUUUUUCCAGGAAACGACUAUAUUGACCAGUUGAAGAGGAUAAUGGAGGUUGUAGGCACACCUAAUUCUGAAUUUCUUAUGAAAAUUUCUUCUGAGCAUGCUAGGAGGUAUAUUGAAUCCUUGCCACACAUGCCGCAGCAGGAUCUGAAUGAGAUGUUUCGCGGUGCCAAUCCUCUAGCAAUUGAUCUGCUGAAACGGAUGCUGAUUUUAGACAGCGAUAAACGGAUCGCAGCUAUUGAAGCCCUUGCACAUCCUUACUUUGAGCAGUAUCAUGAUCCAGAAGAUGAGCCCGAGGCUGAGCCCUACGACGAAUCUACAGAGAAUAAGGAACGCACAGUUGAAGAAUGGAAAGAGAUUACUUACGAAGAAGUGGUUAGCUUUAAGCCACCUGAUAUUAAAAUGGAUAAUCUGGAAAUCGAACAGUAAAGAUUGCUUUUUCUCCUCCUCACAACGGACAAUUACAGUAUUGACUUUGGCUUUUGCAACAUAAAAGACUUCUGUUGACCAAAGACAAGAGGGUCCUGAAAAUACCAUCAUUGUAAGCUCAUGACUGCUGCUAUCACCUUACUGGAAAUAACUCUUCCAGUCUCUCGAUUUUUAAAUACUACACUCAAGCACAGUCGCAUGUAGUUUUUAUAAAUGUUAUGUUCCCUGGAUAUCUGCUGUACGAGUAUCAGUUCAGAUGAUAUCAUAUAUCUGUCCAACUCUUCCAGGCUCUUAUCAGAAUGCUCACAACUUGGUUUUAUUUAUUUUCAUUGAUAGCCAUCUGUAGGCCAGCAUUUGAACACUGAUCAAGGUCUAAUUUAUCUAGCUUCAUUGACAUGGUCUGACCACUAAGGGUACAAGUUCACCGAUUACCUGAUUAACGAGUGAAACCCUUGUGCGGUCACCUAAAUCAUUGUUUGCCGGCAGCAGAUAAUGCCGUCUAAACAUGCUCUGCUGCUGGCAAAUGAUGAUUCUGUAUUAGCGAUUGCUCCUCCUCAUACUGUGGAGGAGAUCUUCAUGAUGAGCAGGUGAUUGUAGGGAAAGACAUACAACCACACUUGCCAACAUUACUCUACAAUCUAGCUGUCAGCAUUACAGAUACUACAUCAUUACUAAUUUAGCAACUCCCCACCGCUCUACCACUUUGUGAUUGUUCUCAUAAAGAUGUGCACUACGACACAGUAAUAUUGGAUAUGGAAUGGGGUUACAUUUUAUGUUAUGAUGGGACAUUCAUUUAUGUAAACUGAUCAACGGGUAAUGUGUAGAAAAGGUGGAUUCACUUAUAGGAAUAUACAGUAUAUAGAAUCAUGUAUGUACUACUACUGGAAAAUGGCUGUACUCUUUUAGACACUCCGUCUAACUGUUCCCAAUGGUAACCUGCUUUUCUCUUCUGGGUUUUGCGGCUACCACUUUAUUCUCUGAAUAGUGAAUGUCACACUCACUAUGGGACAGAGUCUGUUCUUCUGUAUUUCCUUCCCAUCUCUAGUUAUGAUAGACUUCCCUGAGCACUGUAAUGUGUGGGUGUUGAGAGGUAGUUUUGACAUCCUGCGUAAACAGUGUGGGCGAACCUUAUUUAUAUGCAUUGCUAUAUUAUGAUACCGCUCGGCGUAUUACAGCAACAUAAAUAUUUCCCAUGAAUGUGAAAAUCUGCUUUUUAUUAGUGUGUGAUUUCUGCAUGUUACAAUGAAGUUUAUAAUGAUAUUAGAAGGGAAGCUUAAUGUAAAAUGAAUUCACUUAUCAGGGAAAAGUUUACUCCUUGAAUGGAGAGCAUUUUUGCCAGCUUCUAUAGCGGGUGCCUUCACCGGGUGGCUGGGCAGAGUCAUUCCUAUUAGUUCUCUUUAGCUGUUUGGGAGGCAAUGUGGAAUAAAGAAAUGUUGGUAAGCCUUGUAUUUGUCCUUCUGCCAAUAAAAUCGUUCUUUUAAUUA